AUGCAGAGCACUUUCAAGUCUCCUUUCGAUUUGCCGCGACGGUCACCUUCUUUUCGCCAAGUGGAGGCGGGUAGACCGUAUUCUGGCAUAGAGAACCAAGUCUCUCGCGAGGCCAGUCUCUUGGGCAGUCUGGAGUCAUUGCCAGAGGGGGAGGACAAUGAUGUUACUCCUGGGCCAGUUAGCUUGGACAAUAGUUCAGCGGCAGGAUCACAUUUUUUCCCACUGCAACAGCAGUCUCGAGAACGUUUUUCGACGCCGCCUGCCACUGUUGGCCUGAACGGAUCAUCUCACCCCAUCAUCAGCGGUCCCACCUCCUCUUCCCCUGUGUCGUCUCUCGAUUCCGGCAGCCACCUCAACUCAGGUUCAGAUGGACAUUCGUUUGAAGCACAGCUCAAGGCUUCUCCUAUGCUUCACGAUAUACUGGAUCGACUCGUCCGUUGUGAGUAUUCUACUAGGGAGAUUCACAGGGACCUUGGUGAACUGCAUCGCAAAGUCAACAUACUCGUCGACCGCUUCUCUGCCACUGCCAGCAGUGUGCAGCCAGAAUUCAAGGACCCGUUUUCGAGCAACAGCCGUAGGCCAAGCUAUGCAAACUCCAUGAAUGUGCCUCGCGCUUCUUUGGGCAAUAUCGCUCCUAACCAGGCCCCUCCUUCUGAUGACAUUACUUCGAUUUCUCAACGCCUAAAUACUCUCACUUCAUCCGUUGGUCAACUUAUUGCCCUCCAGACACAACAUGUCCAGCCGUCACCAAUAUCGGGCUUGCCUAAUGGUAGUCUUAUUGGUCCUCCAAAAGCUCAUACGUCAAACCUAGACUUCCUUCCUCCCCAGCAAUCUAAUGUCAACACACUAGGCCACGGGUUACCCAAUCGUCCAGAUAUGCGGCCUUCGCCUCGUAUCCCAAAUCCCCCCAUGCGCACUUGGUCUACCGGAACCCUUGAUCUACCCGUUCGACCACCCGAAACGACUAUCGGGCGUCAGGAAGGGUUUCCGCGUGACAAACGACGCUCCGUUUCAAGUCUUAUGCGCCGUGAUUCAGCUGGGAUGUUGGAUCCAAAUGAUUCGAAUUCUCCACGAGAUUCUGGCCCAAUGAUUACCAAGUGGGAACAGCUUUCGCUAGCACCUGAACUCCAGGUUUCAUUGAACUCUUUUGGCGUUGGUCCCCCAAACAAAAUCCAGCAACGGGCGUUGCCAUUCCUCUUGAGAGGAUCAGAUAUCAUUGCUCAAGCGCCGCCAACCCAAGAACGGAUCGCUGCAUAUGUCAUUCCGGCUAUCCAGACGGCGUUGACCCAUUCUGAUAGUCUCAAACCGGUGGUCGUCAUGAUUUCGACCACUGUAGAUCAAGCUACCCAAGCUCAUCGCAUGAUCCGUGAUCUAGGGUCCGGUAUAGGCGUCAGAUCUGUGUUGGCUGUAGGCGCCGUCAAGGAUUUCCACGCCGAGCUGCAGCUGGUUCUCUCUAACAAACCGCAAGUUGUUUGUGGCACACCGCAGAAAUUGCAUGCCCUGUUCACAACGCAGGGCGGUCUCGAUGGUUCAGAUGUCCGUUUCUUGGUGCUCGAUGAGGUAGAUCAGUUGAUCGCGCGUAAUAUGCACGAAUUUGUGUUCAACAUUGUCAAAUUGCUGCCUCCCGCCCGUUCGCGCCCGCCGAGUUCAGUGACGCCCACUCCUUCAGGUAGCGCAUCGAACAAUACCCCUGUUCCGGCCCUCCCAGCCAGGAAGAUGUCUACUUUAGGUGGCACACCUGUCGCAGAUGCCGAAGGACGUUCUAGCCCCCAGGUUGUAGAGGCUCAACAAUCUGCCGAACGCCAGACGGCGCUCUUCUCUAACACAGUUCCUCAGGACGUUUUGAACUUGGCAACAGCAAUUCAACUGAAGGAGCCUGUCAGAGUCCUUGUACGCCGGGAUGGCACGGUGACUAACAUCGAGACAUCGCCCAAUUUCCGCGGUCUUCGACAGUUUUAUUUGUAUCUUGCGUUCACCGCUGGUGGGCGCGCUGAUCCUUCUCAUGUUGAAGGUGGCUUAGGAAUAAUUGGAUCAGGGAGAAGCACUUCUAGUGCGGAAAGCCUGCAAGCUCGUGAAUGGAAGCUAGAUGCCCUGGCUGAUAUCCUGGACGAUGUCGACGUUUCGCAGGCCAUCGUUCACGUUGGCGGCGUUACCGCAUUAGAUGCGGUUGUGUACAAGUUGGCCAGUCGAGGUCUGGAAGCUAUUCCUCUGCAUGGUGAUAUGAAUUCUACGACCAAGUUGGCUGCUCUCAGCAAGUUUAAGAGCUCGCCAUCUGUUGUCAUGAGACAACCUGUAACAAAAAUUCUUGUUAUUUACGAUGUUCACGUUCAAGAAAUAUCUCAAAUUCCCUUGAUUAUAAACUAUGAUUUACCGAAAGCCGUCGAGGAGUAUACUCAUCGCAUUGCCCCUGCCGUCGCACCUAAUAAUUACUCCCGAGGAGGGGUCAUAAUCAACUUUGUAACUGCUACAGGUGGUGACGUAGAGAUGCUCCGUUCCAUCGAGUGUUUCCACAAGUAA